CUGUUCCCUGUGAGCCCGCGGACGCCACUCGAGAUGUCCCCUUUUGGUGGCUGGGGACUGCUCUUGGCCUUUCUCGCCCUGCUCUGCUGCACAGGGUCUGGCGAGGAGGCGUUCGAGGUACGCAUGUGGCCAGAGCAGCUGAUGGUGGAGUCCGGGGAGUCUCAGGUGAUUAACUGUAGUACCACCUGUAUGCAGCCCAACACCAGUGGUCUGGAGACCACCCUACACAAGACUCUCCUGGAGGAACAGGCUCAGUGGAAGCUGUAUGAGGUCUUCAACAUCUCCCAGGACACAGAUGUCAUUUGCCAUUUCACCUGCUCCGGGAAGCAGGAGUCCAAGAGUCUGAACAUCAGUGUGUUCUACCCCCCAAAGCAAGUGCUGCUGAAGUUAUGGCCCACUUUAGUGGCUGUAGGGAGAUCGUUCACCAUCCAGUGCAGGGUGCCCUCUGUGGCACCCCUCGAAGGUCUCACUGUCACCCUGCUCCAUGGCAGUGAGAUCGUAUACAGCCAGACCUUUGUGGGGACAACACUUUCCCCCCAGGAGGCCAUGGUCACCCACAACACCACGGCUCACAGGGAAGACGGCCGCCACAACUUCUCCUGCCGGGCCGAGAUGGACCUGCGCUCUCGCGGCGGGGACCUCGUUCACAGCGUCUCAGAUCCCCAGGCGCUCAACGUCUAUGAGCCCGCACGAGACAACCAGGUGGUGGCCAUCAUCACGGUCGUGUCAGUGCUACUCUUCUUGUUUGUGACAUCUGUCCUGCUGUGCUUUGUCUUUGGGCAGCAGUGGCACCAGAGGCGGACAGGUACCUACGGGGUGCAAGCUGCUUGGAGGAGGCUGAGGUGGGCCUACCGGGCAUAG